UAUACACCUUUGCAUAGAUAGGCAUAGUCACCUAGUUUGUAAUCGAUUUUCCUAAUAUCUGAGCUAAUAUCUGAAACUUGAGCCAAUACGAAGGACAUCGUUGAUCAAACAAUCUCACUAAUACAUCGUACUCAUAGCUUUCGUUGACGAGAAGAUGCAUCCAAAUCGUGGUAAUUUUAGUUUUCAAGUGCGGCGCAAUCACGCAGUUCAACAGCAACUAAAUGUGAAGGAUCAAAGCCGUAGCUUCUCUUUAAAUGCGGCCCCCCCUAGUUCGUUAAGCGGGCGACCAGUUAAUGCAUCUGUUCCUAAGCCAUACAAUUAUAGUUCUGGAAUUUCAAAGCACGGUUAUCAUACGAUGGAAUCUUUACAUCAGCAUUCCAACGCUUCUCAAUAUUCAGUUGUUAAACGUCGGGGCAGAACGGAAGACGAGUAUUUUGACGAAGACGACGAACCUGCCCCUCAACAGCUAGAAUAUAUUCCCGCUCCUGGAAGCCCAACAGCCGCUGACGAAAUCCCUAAAAAUAUAUCCGAUGAAGAAGAUGAAGAAGAUCCUUUGGAUGCAUUUAUGGCUGGUAUUGAAGCGCAGGUUAAAAUGGAAAAAAAUAAAAUUCCUCAACCUCAUCUGGAACCAAAAAAAGGUACACGAGGAGAUAUUGACGAUGAAGAUGACGAAGAAAGUUAUUACCGAUACAUGCAAGAAAAUCCUCACGCUGGCCUAAUAGACGAAGGAUCCGAUGCAGAAAUGGAUUAUGACGAAGAUGGCAAUCCAGUGCCUCUACAACGACGACGGGAUAUUGACCCGUUGCCAUCAAUUGAUCAUACAGAGAUCGACUAUCUGAAGUUCGAAAAAAAUUUCUACAUCCCUCACGAAGACAUUGUCAAUUUGUCCCAAGCAAAAGUACAGGACUUGCGUCAAACACUCUGUGUGAAAGUAAGCGGCCCAAUGCCACCGCAUCCUGUCACCAGUUUUGCUCACUUCGGAUUUGAUGAAUCGUUGAUGAAAUCCAUUCGGAAAUCAGAGUUCAGUACACCUACACCAAUACAGGCUCAAGCGAUUCCAGCAGCUUUGAGUGGAAGAGACAUAAUUGGUAUAGCCAAAACUGGAAGUGGUAAAACUGCAGCUUUUCUUUGGCCGAUGCUAGUGCACAUAAUGGACCAACGUGAGUUAGGUCCUGGUGAUGGGCCUAUUGGAUUGAUUCUAGCACCGACCCGAGAAUUGUCACUUCAGAUUUACAACGAAGCUAAGAAGUUUGGCAAGGUAUAUAACAUUAGCAUUUGUUGUUGUUAUGGAGGGGGUUCUAAAUGGGAACAAAGCAAGGCGCUCGAACAAGGGGCGGAAAUAGUAGUUGCUACACCUGGUCGUAUGAUAGAUAUGGUAAAAAUUAAAGCUACUAAUCUUCAAAGAGUGACAUACUUGGUUUUGGACGAAGCGGACAAAAUGUUCAACAUGGGAUUUGAGCCACAAGUUCGUUCGAUCUGCAACCAUAUUCGACCUGAUCGGCAGACACUUUUAUUCAGUGCUACUUUCAAAAAACGUGUGGAAAAACUUGCACGCGAUGUGUUAACCGAUCCCGUACGUAUAAUUCACGGUGAUUUAGGGGAAGCAAAUUCUGAUGUAACGCAACGUAUUAUUCUUUUACCAACUGUACAAAGCAAGUGGAACUGGUUGUUAACGAACCUGGUAAAGAUGCUUUCCGAGGGAAGUGUAUUGAUAUUUGUAACUAAAAAAGCUGAUGCAGAAGAAACCGCAAAUAAUCUGCGGUUGAAGGAUAAUGAUGUCGUCUUACUUCAUGGAGAUAUGGACCAAUCAGAACGAAAUUUUGUUAUCACCAGAUUUAAACGGAAAGAUGUCGAUAUCAUGGUAGCCACGGAUGUGGCAGCUCGCGGGUUAGAUAUUCCACACAUUCGAACAGUAGUCAAUUACGAUAUUGCUCGUGAUAUCGAUACUCACACACACCGUAUUGGCCGUACUGGACGUGCCGGUGAGAAAGGUACGGCGUAUACUCUAAUUACCGACAAGGACAAAGAAUUUUCUGGACAUCUGGUACGCAAUCUUGAAGGAGCAAACCAAGAUGUGCCAGAAGAUUUGAUGAAACUGGCAAUGCAAAGUUCAUGGUUUCGGAACAGCCGUUUUAAACACGCGAACAAAGGAAAGAAUUUAAAUGUAGGUGGUGCUGGAUUAGGGUUCCGCCAACGGACAAUUCAGCGUGGUGCAAUGGGUCGUUCACUAGAUGCUUUAAAGGUACUUGUAGAAGACGGGGAUCCUUCAGGACCAUCGCCGGGGUCAUCGAAGGGUCCUGCUACUGAUCGUUUAUCGGCAAUGCGAGAAACUUUUCGCGCUCAUUAUAAUGCACAGUUUAAAGCAUCAAGCGAUCGAACCUGGGAAAAUACCGUUCCAGAAGGUGGUGUUUUUAUUAAACCAGCACAACCAGGCUUGGGAUCGUCGUCAAACUCUGAUCCAAACCAUACAUCAAAAAAUGAUACAAUGCCGCGAAAAAAGAAAAGCAGGUGGAAUUGAGAUGAGUAGAGCCGGACGUAGAUGGUUUUUGAAGCAUUACAGUAAAACAAGCAGAAUUUGUUCUUUGUAACAUUUUUAAAUAAAUAAAAAAGGUGCAAAAUAUA